AUGGGAGAUGUCGAUUACUCUGUAAAGAAGCGUCAACCUCAAUUAACAAAGCCUAACACAGUUCACUUUGAAGAUCCAAAUCAAUCAAAAACAAAUCCUAGAAAUCCAAUCAAUCCAAAUGCUAUCACAAAUGAAAAGCCAAGAAAAUCAUCAGUACAAAUUUUACGUAAUCGAUUUUUUCGCA